CGCGUCUCUCCGCUUGACUCGAGCACGCGUGCGCGGUUCCGACGUUCCGGUCUGAAACAUGGCGGCGCGGUCGUUGUGGGCGGUGCAGCGGCUGCAGCGCCUCCUGGCCUCCGGGCUUGUGUCAGAGAGCGGGGGAUGGCUACACCCAUUCAGCACUGCCACCCAAAGAACUGCUGGGGAAGACUGCAGUUCUGAGGACCCUCCUGAUGUACUCGGUCCCUCCCUUGCUGAACAAGCCUUAAGGCUAAAAGCUGUUAAACUGGAAAAAGAAGUCCAGGAUUUAACACUAAGAUACCAGAGAGCUGUUGCUGAUUGUGAAAACAUAAGGAGACGAACCCAGAGAUGUGUGGAAGACGCCAAGAUAUUUGGAAUCCAGAGCUUCUGUAAGGACUUGGUGGAGGUGGCAGACAUUUUGGAGAAGACUGCUGAGUGCUUUUCAGAAGGAACCAAACCUGAGGACCACAAGCUUACUCUGGAAAAAGUCUUUCAAGGACUGUCCCUUUUAGAAGCAAAGCUGAAGAGCGUGUUUGCCAAACAUGGCCUAGAGAAAAUGACACCGAUUGGUGACAAAUAUGACCCUCAUGAGCAUGAACUCAUAUGUCACAUGCCAGCAGGUGUUGGGGUACAGCCUGGCACUGUGGCAUUAGUACGGCAAGAUGGCUACAAACUCCAUGGCCGCACCAUUAGACUUGCCCAAGUGGAAGUGGCAGUGGAGUCUCAGAGAAGGCUAUAAACAAGCCCCCAGGAACUAACUCUCGCAGGUUCUGGCACCUGUGUCUCCUUUAUUUAUUAAGCUGAUUUGUAUUAUACAUGAGGUCCUUCGUGUGCUCCACUUUGGAUUUAGUCAUAUUGGCUUUAUCUCUACAGUAUCUUAUUGGUUUAUGUGGCCUGUUUGGUCUCAUCAGAAAUCCUGCCACUGGGCAUUUGAACAAUGUGACGAGUGUCCUAUGGCCUUUUUCAAAAUGUUUACAAAAACAUUAAGUUGGUACUCUGAUGACUGAAUCCAAAAUCCCUUAAUUGUGUUUUCAACUAAUUUCUGGAAUUAGUGCAGCAUCGUGUGUCUUAUAUUUUAUGGGAAAGGGAGAUGGUAGGGAUUGGUGUGACUUUUAGGUACUUAGAUUGACAAAGCUUUACCCUUGUAUAAAUUUAGAUCAUUUGGGUUGACAUAUAGAGAGAGUUUUCAAGACUUUUUUAUUUCAUUUUUUGUGUAGUCAUCUUUUUUUACUUGUAAUCCCUGCUAGGGGUCACCCAUUGUUCCGUAGCUGCCCCUUUCUCAUCCCUUUUGGAAGGGCUAAAGGGUCGGUCGGGCCAGUCUUCCUUUUUUCUUGUUUAUAAGGUGUGCUCAUUUACUAAACUGAUCUCAAGUCUAUGAACAGGUAAGCUCUGGCUGCCUUGACAACACAACCCACUCCCAGGGAGACCAAAAGCCUCCAUAAAUCUCAAGUUGGAGAGUCCAUCAUGGGAGGCCAAGCAUAGUAGCGGACUGUUCAAAAUUAAAAAUAAAGUAUUAGGGUGGAUAGGUUUUUUUUUGCAAUAUGUAAUUUACACAAAAGUAAUGCUGCUGUCUCAUCUCACUUGCAUGCACUCUGAUGAACUGGACCAUCCUCCUUUCUGGAUUAGGGUGGGGUGCUUCUCUGGAGAGGACAAGGGACUUCCUGUAGCAACAACAAAAAUGCGAAGUCUUCAGCUACAUUGCAAAACUUUGGGGAUGCUUAACCCGAAUCAGCUGCUGUCAUCUUCACCAUUCCAGUUUUUAAAUCCUGAAUCAAAAGCACCAAAAAUUUUAUAUAUAUAUAUAUAAUUGAGAAAAAGAACAAAGUUGUCUCGGGGUUUUUUUUCCAUGCACAUUUUGUCAAGAAAAGGUGUGAACACAGCUCCGUCAUUGUCCACCUAGAAUCAUCUGCAGUGCAUGAAGGAAGGGCCGUAUUCCUUCUAUUCCUCCUUGCUGAACCAUUUCUGCUGGAAGGUAGACAGUAGGCCAUGAUGGAACUGCCCAUCCACAUGGAGUACUUGCACUUGGGGAGAAUGGCGUUGAUCUUCACGGUACUAGGAGCCAGAGCAGUGAUCUGUAUCCUAUUGUAGUCGAUGCCUGGGUACAUGGUGGUACAUGCAGACAGCACUGCGUUGGCAUAGACGUCUUUGCUCAUAUUGACAUCACACUUGAUGACAGAACUGAAGAUAAGUUCAUGGACACCAUAAUAGUCCACACCCAGAAAGGAAGGCUGGAAGAUAGAAGAGCACCUGGGGGCAGCAGAAUUGAUCCUUGCUAAUAAUGAUAACCUGGCUGUCGGGCAUAACUCUUCUCCAGGAAAAGGAUGCAGCAGCAGGCAUGCCUUCCUGGAAGUCCAGGGCAAAAUGGCACAACUUUGUGAUAUUAGAUCAGUUUCCUGCUUGGCUAUGAUGAGGUUGUAGCCAUGUUUAUUCUGAAACUUCAUGGGUAGGUCCUGUAGCUGGGCACUGUUGGGGGUGCCUGUGUGUAGAAUCCAUCAUGAAGAAUAGUUCCUGUAGAUGAGCACUGUGUAUGUGUGUCCGUCCGUCUGUCUCUGGAGUCAAUCAUGAGGAAGGUGAUACCAUCAGAAUUGUACAGACAGCACAGCCUUGGUGGCUGUGUGAAUGAGUGGAGUGUUGAUGAUCUUGAACGUAUCUGGGUUGUCUUUUCAUGGCUGGUCUGGGGUUAAGGGAACCUUGGUAAGCAGCAAGUGCUCUUCCAGGGCCACACUUGGUUCAUUGUAUAAGAUGCAGUAUCAUCUCUGUUAUCCAAGUUGGUGACAGUACCACUCUCCAUAAAUACCUGAGCAUCAGGAUGCUUUCGGUCUGGACCUUGUUGCCCAUAUAGGAGACCUACUGGUCCAUGUCCACCAUCACACCCCAGUUUGGUGGAUAAAACACCAUAGAAGCAAGAGAGCCUUGGAUGCAUCCUCGCCUAUGUAGCCAGCUUUGUACAUGCUGGGGUCAGUGUAGCAGUAUCUGCUUCCAUGGCAAAUGGUAGCUGGUCGAGACUCAGCAGCAGAGAGACCUGUGUGUGUCAGGUGAGUGUGGGUUCUACAGAUCCUCUUCCUUUAUAAGCAGUUAUAUUCAGCCCCUUGGGUAUGAAGUAAUUUUAGACAGGCAAUACCAGUGGCAAAAGACCUAAACAUGACUGUAUAGGUAAUUACCUACAAUGGUUGGUUCCACCAACCCUUACUCCUGCCCUUUGUCAAAUUUGCCCUGGGAACUUAUAUUAGAUUGUCUAGGGAAGUAAUGGACAAAAUGCUGGACUCCCAGGAAUUUCUCAUCCAGUAGUGCUGAGGUAUGCCUCUUUUCCUUUGUGGUUGAGAUUGACAAAUUACUACUUCUCACAUCAACAAACUUAAUUUGUGUUUUUAGCAGUGGGGAUUGAAUGCAAGGUCUCCAAGAAUGCUAGGUAAGCACGGCAGCUGAGCUCUGCUCCCAGCCCUGGCAAGCUUUGUUUCCUAGUUCUUAAAUCCACCUUAAGCCAUAUUUGUUUGAACAUCUAUCUCCUCUUUUAUGUAUUAACCUUGUAGAUUUUAUGAACCUGUAUAUUUUUUUUUAACAUCUUAGCUGAUGCUGUAUAAAAGAUUUUACUAAGUUAGCCAAAGGAGCACUAAGGUUCUCCUAACAACCCUGCCAGGCAGGCGGGAUAGCCUUGGUUAACAACUGCCUGGGAAAAGCAGUGCUGGCCUGUCUUGGGAUAACCUUGACAAUAUUUUAUAUUGUAAAUUUCCCCAUUUGUCCAAACAACCACACCUUGUCAUUCCUGGCUCUGAAAUGUGGUUAAUGACUCGAAGUAUACCUUGGAGCCAGGAAACUAUAGGCUGCCAGGGAUUUCUGUUCAGGGCUGGCUCUCUUUCGUGCAUUAGCCAGAAGCAGUCGCCUACUGACCUGCAGGUUUUCUUUUUACUCAUGUAGUGGUGGAGUGAAUUCUCGUGGGAAGGCCUUUCAAUUCUGUAACAUAACGUUACCCUUCCUGCUGUUUCCGAAGCUCAAAAAUGUAGUCGGUUUUAGGACAAACUCAAGAGGCAGCCCUUCUAGAUUCUUUGGACUGCCAAUUAAACUGGCACAAACUGGAUGAAUGAGAGGAAAAGCAAAUUUCAUUGUCUAUGUGAACACAAGAGUCGUGCAAAAUCUGAGAGUCGGCCUCAGAAAACUGGUGCUUUGAUCACAUCCUGACCUCCAGAAGAGGCCUUCUGGAAGACAGAACUGUGAUGAGUGUGGGUGGUCUCAGACGUCUGGAGAAACCCUUUGAUACAUAAAGCUGUCAGUGUGGAUUUCCUUUUAACUACUGCAUUAAAAAAAGUCUCUCAGCUACUCCCAUGACUGCAGUUUCCCAAAAUAACAGCACAAUAUAUAGCAAGACUAUUUUGGGGUAGCAUAUUCUAGUCUCAGACUAAUUUCAGGUGGUGAGUUAACCCUCAAGAGUAUGAAGUCAUCCUCCUUUGACCUCCAUCAGAUAUAAACACCCGGACAAAGAUAAGACUUGGAGAUGGUAUAAAGUGUACUGGGAGCAAUAAAUAUUACUUUUUAAAAUUG